GCAGUGAAAAGUGUCGUCGAGGCGUCUUCGUGAGACGGGUUCGGUGAACCGAUUCGAGCGGAUUCGAGCGAUGCCCGUGAACAAGGGGAACGCGACGGCUCGUUCGCGAUUGUGAUCGUUUCCGAGUUACUCGAAGACGACGAUGAAACUUCGGCUGAGACGAUGCGCCCGAAUCCGUCCACGCGGCGAGAGGUUAACCGACGUCGUCGACGUCACCGUCUCGGUAACCUGGCACGAAUAAACUCUCGAUCGAGCAGUGGCUGGAAAGUUAUUCAAAGAAGAGACGGCUGGCAAGAGUCUCACCGCGAAUUUGGGUGAUUCUCUUUGAUGAAAAAUCGGCCACCUUCCGUCUCGGAAAAUUGGUGGGACUGAUAUAACCUCUACGGUUACCGACUCGUUCGGACCGAUAUUUUGCCGAAAAAGUUUAUUUCGUUUUAUAUUCGUAAAGGAUGUCCUGCCCUUGUAUCAUUGUCCCGAAGAUUUGAAUUAAAAGCUUCCUCUAUAUAACGCAUUUCCGAGGAACGAGAGCCUCGAAAGGGAAAUGAAGGAGGAAAAACGUGCGCGAAGUCGAUGCCCUUCAUUUUCGAUGUCAUAAGAUGCUAUUGAGACUUUCGACGUUUACGUAGUACCGGACCGUACACGGAUCAUGGUGCUUUGGAUCUUAUUUCUUGUUGGAACUGUCCUGCCAUGUGACUCCGUGCACGUGAAAAUGGAGAGCACGGGUUAUUGCAGCAUUUAUACCGGGAAGAUUUGCAAAAAAUAUCUCAGUGGUUCGGGUCAAGUUUGGUUCAACGAUACUAAAGAUAAUCCUGGUGGAUCGUUGAACGAACGUAUUACGACUGAUCUAUGGGAGGAGCUGAUACAGAAGCUCGAAGAACCUUGUCGCUCGGCUGCGGAAAAGAUGCUUUGCUUUUAUGCGUUCCCGCAAUGUUUUAAUUCGGUCGGUCUGCCUUUGUGUUACGAGGACUGCAUGGCGGUGCGUCAACAAUUUUGUUUCAAUGACUGGGCGAUCAUUGAAGAUAACAAACAGCGGGAUAUUUAUAUCAGAUCUCGAGGGCAUUUUACUCUACCCGAAUGCGAGAGUCUUCCUAAAAUUGGCAAAGACAAGCCCACUUGUUCGCACAUUCAUCUGACCGAUAUGAACGAAGAUCUGAUGACGUAUGACUGUGUUAAAGACAAUGGUCGCUUUUAUGUAGGAAACAUGAACAAAACCAAAGGUGGCCUCGACUGCCAGUCAUGGAAUACUCAAGAACCUCACAGUCAUGAUAAACCGCCUAAUGUCUUUCCUCAAAUUAGAAAUGGGAAAAAUUAUUGCCGCAAUGCAGGCGGUGACGAACCCAUGCCAUGGUGCUUCACAACGGAUAUCAUAGUUCGAUGGGAACAUUGCGAUAUCCCAGUAUGCGACAAUUCUUCAAAUUCAAUUAUAAAAAUAGACCCAAAGGAUUUGACAAUGGAAACCUUUUUCACGCCAAGAUUCAUCUUAAUAAUAUCAUCGAUUGGAUUUGUCCUUACGGUUACUGCUUUGCUGUCUGUGCUUUUGUGCCAAAGAUUUCACAAGCGACAUCAGGGAUACAAUCCAACCGAAAGCCAGGAUGUGAAUAUCGAUUUGGACAAGUUACCAAACAAUGAAGCGUACCACAAGACCGGGGCAAGACUUAAUCCAAAACUGGAGAAGCUCGAGUUCCCUAGAAAUAACAUAAUCUAUGUGAGGGACUUAGGACAAGGUGCCUUUGGUCGAGUCUUCCAAGCGAAAGCACCUGGCUUGGUGUCCGAUGAGGAGUUUACCAAUGUGGCAGUGAAGAUGCUCAAGGAGGAAGCAUCGGAUGAUCUUUUAGUGGAUUUUGAAAGGGAAGCUUGUCUCCUCGCUGAGUUUGAUCAUCCGAACAUCGUCAAGCUUCUUGGGGUGUGUGCCCUGGGGCGUCCAAUGUGUCUGCUCUUCGAGUAUAUGGGCAGAGGAGAUUUGAACGAGUUUCUCCGUUCCUGCUCACCGGGAAACUACAUCGUUCGCAGCCUAGAGAGGGACGGAACUUUCACAGACUCUCGGCUCUCUCACAUGGACCUGAUAAACAUCGCUCGACAGGUCGCUUCCGGUAUGGUGUACCUUUCGGAUAGAAAAUUCGUCCAUAGAGACCUCGCGACAAGAAACUGCUUGAUAAACGACCAGAUGAUCGUUAAAAUAGCAGAUUUUGGACUGUCUCAGAAGAUCUAUUUGCAAGAUUAUUACAAAGGUGACGAACAGGAUGCUAUACCGGUCCGAUGGAUGCCACUGGAGAGUAUACUGUACAAUAAAUACACCGUGGAGUCUGAUGUCUGGGCGUAUGCGGUGUGUCUGUGGGAAAUUUUUAGCUUCGCUCUUCAACCAUACUACGGUAUGACACACGAGGAAGUCGUCAAAUACAUCAAAGAAGGUAACGUGUUGCAAUGCCCCGAGAACACUCCGAGACAUAUUUACGAACUUAUGAAGCUCUGUUGGCAAAGAAGACCCAAUGAUAGACCUACCUUCAGAACGAUAUACGAGAUGCUCGACAAUAUCAAACACGAACUCGAGGCUGAAAACAAGUCCGACAGUGUACCACUUCGAAUUCAUGACUAAGGUCUAUCUUGAAAAGUUAAUGUUCGAGCUCUGAAAUGCGGUCACUUCUUUUUAUUGACAAAAUUGCUUACUUUUGAAAAAAAGAACUUAAGGCCGCCGUAAUCACUUCAAAGCCCAAUACUUAAAUCGAUACCAGUGCUCUGGUGCGAAGCCCUACUGGAGACUGAGAUUGAGACUGAGGAAUUUCGCCUAGAAUUUUCAUUCAGACCAAAUUUUCCUGGCCUGUAAAGAAUGUCAUGCAGGCCCAUAAAAAAAUGUAAGUAAUUGUGAAUCGAUGUAAUAGAUUAAAUAUGUGUAAUAUAAAUGCUGCGUGUAUACUAAGUUACAAAUAGGGUGGGAGGUUUGUCGGCGCCCUGUAAGUGUGCCUGAGUGGUUGAAACCAAAAAAUAAGCAGAUUUCGAUUAAUUUAUUAAUUUCCUUUAUUUUUUAUUUUAUUUCAAUAGCUGCGUAAUUGAUUUACGCAAUUAUCAUUGAAUGGAUACUUAAAUCUUUAAGUGAUUACAUUGUUUUAAAUUAUGUGUCAACUCAACUAAGAUGGCAGUAAUUAGCUGUUCGCUGUCACUGUAGCAAAGAUAAUUGUUGAACCGGGAUUGGUCCUUUUCAUGAUCGUUAGGUAUUAGAGUCGUUGCUACACCAAAAACCUAGAAUAUCUGAGCGUGAUUAUGUAAGAAAUGUUUAAGGUAACUGACGUUAAGUAAAUGUAUACUGUGUUACUGUUAUAUGUGUAUAUAUAUAUACACAGGAUUUUCUGAGACUGUUCGCAUAUUCAUUGAAUUAUUGAACAGAUUGUGCUACUCGAUACAUUUCCAAUUAUCGAUGGGUAUUUUUUAUUGAGUUUUUACGUUCUAUUUAAUUUAGUUUUCUUCUUAAUAUUAGUUAAAGCACACUCAUGAAUAGUCGACAAAAUAAUCGCGGUGUUGUGAUAUUUCUAUUUUUCUUGAAGCGAACCAAGAAAAAGGCGAUUCCAUUAACUUCCGAAUCUUUAUUUAAAGUUAGGGACUGUAUUAAUGAGCCUUGCUGUACAAGUAUUAAGAAUUAUAUUUGCAUGUAUACCUCUGUGUAGAACCAUUAUGUUAACAUGCAUAACUGCCGCUGACCAAGAAAGGGGUUUUUGAUAUCGUAUCAUUAUAGGCGUUUUUAUUCGUUACAAUCGACGUCGGUUGUCCUCCGAAUUUUAUACACUAGCGUUUUAUACACGUGGAACGUUGAGGCCUCUCGAAGUGUUUACUCGCCAAGAAAAUAAAAAUGGAUUACAAGUGAG